CAUAAUGAAGGAAUUCUUCUGGCGCAUUCUCCUGUACGGCGCAUCAGGAUUUCAAGGGCCUAGUGUUGUCCGGCAGAGCGUUAGCAUGGCGUUUGGAGUUGCGGCCAGGAAUUUUUGCAGGCGGUGGGAGAAGAAGCGACCACUAUAAGGUCGCUCGUUUCUGUGUAGUCGUGUAAAUCAUAUGAUGUCUACAGCUAGCUUGAUGUAAUUUCGCUCAUUUUGUUAUCGUGAGCUCACAACGCUGGCCCCAAAAGUAGACGCUGAUAGUCCCCUGCUCUUGAUUAAUGGCCCGCUUGUCAUGAUUUUGCUAAAAAUAAAUUUCGUCAAAGUUGUCGUAGGCCCUAUUCUAUUUGGGGACCGGUAAUUUCACUUAUCUGCUUAUCGUUGUUCACAGCGCUAAAAUUAUACUCCCAUCCGUAUUCCCCAUCUUCGUUGGACCACCAUGAAAACAUACAUAAUCCCUUAUUUUCCCGCACCCGCUUAUCAUAAUUUUGCUAAGGAUUUCCAUCACAGUCAGUGAAAGUUCUUCGUCUUUUGUUCUCUGUUCACAUCAUGCGCGUGGUGAAUGAGGAUGGGCGGCCGGUGUACGCAGCACCAGCAAACGGAGAGAUGGCCAUUUGAAAGAAUUGGCUCCUGCUUAUGCCGCCGCCUGUAAUACGAAACAGAAAAUUAAUUUCUGUUUCGUGUUACGGCUUCCCCUCAAUUAUGACCUUAUCUUACUUCGUCACCCCUUUUACAAGUCCCUCCUCUGCUACAGCAUUCACAAAUAUUCAGUCCUCUCUUCGUCAAGUUUUGAGUUUACAGGAUCGUGGAGUGUAGAUAUCCGCGCAUAGCGAACUGUAGCCAUUUUGGCUCAAGGCAUGGCGGAAAAGAUAAAACUGAUGCUGUUGAGAGAAAUUGACGUUGGCGAGCGAGAGAGAGAAAGAUGAGCACAAUUUUGGUGGGCCCGACCGCUGUUGAGCGGAUGGCCGUUUGCAGGCGCGCCGCUUUUCCUGUUGGCAGUCACUGGUCUUGCCUAUAGCGCUCAAAGACCGCAGCGGAAUGUCGAGCAACGACUACAGCAGACACUUUAGCAGAGGGGAUGAGAAUGCUGAAGGACUGAGAAGACGGCGAGUGGGGGCCAUUGCGGCGAUGCAACUAGAAGUCUUUUCAUAACGACAGCAAGUUUUUAGUUUUUGCAUUCUUACCAUUUUUCACUCUUUCACUUUCGAGUUUAUCGAGGCGUAAACUUUGAGUAUAUUAACUUG